CCCUCCACCUUCUUCCUCAUUCUCUCCCGAGCCUGCUGAGCCCUUUGCUCCCCUGGCGACUGCCUGGACAGGCAGCAAGGAGUUGACUCCCAGUGCGUUUUGCCCUCCUAGCUGCCAACUCUGGCUGCUAAAGUGGCUGCCACCUGCUACAGUCUGUUACACAGCCUUGGGAAGAGGAAAGGGACCUCGGACCUUCCAGAUUGCUUCCUCUAGCAAGAAACUGUUUGUCUCAGGUUGAAGUGCAAUGAUAUGAUCUCAGCUCACUGCAACCGCACCCUCCUGCGUUCCAUCAAAUCACCCUCCUGAGUAGCUGGGACUACAGAUGGCUCUUUGCUUUCAUUAGGAAUAAAGAUGGCUGCUGAACCAGCAGAAGACAAUUGCAUCAAUUUUGUGACAAUGAAAUUUAUUGACAAUACGCUUUACUUUAUAGCUGAAGAUGAUGAAAACCUGGAAUCAGAUUACUUUGGCAAGCUUGAAUCUAAAUUAUCAAUCAUAAGAAAUUUGAAUGACCAAGUUCUCUUCAUUGACCAAGGAAAUCGGCCCCUAUUUGAAGAUAUGACUGAUUCUGACUGUAGAGAUAAUGCACCCCGGACCAUAUUUAUUAUAAAUAUGUAUAAAGAUAGCCAGCCUAGAGGUAUGGCUGUAGCCAUCUCUGUGAAGUGUGAGAAAAUUUCAACUCUCUCCUGUGAGAACAGAAUUAUUUCCUUUAAGGAAAUGAAUCCUCCUGAUAACAUCAAGGAUACAAAAAGUGACAUCAUAUUCUUUCAGAGAAGUGUCCCAGGACAUGAUAAUAAGAUGCAAUUUGAAUCUUCAUCAUAUGAAGGAUACUUUCUAGCUUGUGAAAAAGAGAGAGACCUUUAUAAACUCAUUUUGAAAAAAAAGGAUGAAUUGGGGGAUAGAUCUAUAAUGUUCACUGUUCAAAACGAAGACUAGCUAUUAAAAUUUCAUGCUGGGCGCGGUGGCUCACGCCUGUAAUCCCAGCCCUUUGGGAGGCCGAGGCGGGCGGAUCACCAGAGGUCAGGAGUUCAAGACCAGCCUGACCAACAUGGUGAAACCUCGUCUCUACUAAAAAUACAAAAAAUUAGCUGGGUGUGGUAACCCACGCGCAUAAUCCCAGCUACUGGAGAGGCUAAAGCAGGAGAAUCACUUCGAUCCGGGAGGCGGAGGUUGUGGUGAGCCACUAAUGCACCAUAUUCUCAUCUUUUUUCACAAUUCCUUGGUUACACUAUCAUCUCAAUAAAUGCAGAAAAAGCAUUUGACAAAAUCCAAUUCAUAAUAAAAAUUCUCAAACUUGAAA